AUGAAUUCAUCAUUUGAUGACUUAUUAUUUUCUUCUACAUCAAAAUAUUCAUGUUAUAAUUGUAUAUCAAAACAAGAUUUGUUUUCUUCUUCAAAUUCAUUAUAUAAUAAUUCCAUUUCAAAAUCAAAUGAUGAAAAUCAAUUGCCAAAUAAAGCACUUCUUUCAUUUAUAAUACUUAUUGGAACAUGUUUUAUUUCUGUGGCCCUUAAACGCUUUCGACGAAGUAAUUUUUUUGGUCGAACGACAAGACAAACAUUGAGUGAUUUUGGUAUGACAAUAGCGCUUAUUUGUAUGGUGCUUUUCGAUAUGUUAGUUACAAAGAGUGCUGGUGGUCAUAGUCUUACACAAAAAAUAACUGUGCCCGAUUCAAUUCGACCUAGUGAUUUAGAACGUGGUAAUAUUUGGUUUAUAUCUCCAUUACGAAAAAGAUUACAAUUUUGGGUUUAUUUUGCAUCAUCAUUUCCUGCUAUUUUAAUCUCUGUAGUACUUUUUUUCGAAGUUGAACUAACUAGUAUUAUGAUUCAAUCAAAACUUAAAUCUGUUCAUUCAACAAAAGUUAUCAAAGGAACUGGUUAUCAUUUAGAUAUAAUGAUAGCUGGUAUUUUAAUAUCGAUUAGUGGAUUAUUUGGUCUUCCUUGGAUAUGUGCAGCACCUGUAAGAAGUAUUGCUCAUGUAGCUAGUUUAUCUAAAUAUAGUAAUACUCAUGCACCUGGAGAAAAAGCUCGUUUAAUUGAUAUAAAAGAUCAACGUUUAACAAAUAUAGGUGUACAUUUAUUUAUUGGUUGUACAAUAUUUGCAGCUACAAUAAUUCGUAAAAUUCCAGUUGCUGCUUCAUUUGGUAUAUUUUUAUAUUUUGGUAUUGUAUCUAUAUCUGGUACACAAUUAUUUAGUCGAAUUAAAAUGACAUUUAUUCCAACAAAAUAUCAUCCAAAUUUUGGCUAUUUAAGACGAGUUCGUCAAAUGAAACGCCAUAUAUAUACAUUUAUACAAGUGAUUGCUGCAGGCUUAUUAAUUACGAUUAAAAUGACAAAUUUCGCUUUUCUUUUUCCACUUAUACUUAUCUUACUUGUACCAUUUCGAAAAAUGUGUCUUCCAUUUAUUUUUACAGAACGAGAACUUACUGAGCUUGAUGGUGAUGAAGCAAUGAGUAGUACCUUUGAUGAUGAAAUUGACUUUUAUGGUCAAGUUCAUUUACCAAUAUGA